GCUGACAGUAUAAAAGGAGUCGCAGCACAUGGUGAAACUUGGGUUCUUUCGCACGAGAAACCCCACACGUCCGGCCGUCCUGCACUACUGCUGCAGCUGUCGUGGUCGUGUUGCUUCGUCCGUUAGCUUUUCAACGCUGAAUUAAAAUAGUAUCUCUUCCCCGUGCUCGCCGCCGCAAUCCGUACACGACACGGCAAAACAAUUAAAUACAAUCUUAGACUGACGGACGUUACUGUUUCCAUUGGCCCUUCAAACAUGUCGUUAUCCCAAUCGUCCGUGAUGAAAUUAUACCAAUCGGUAAUUGAAGAUACAAUAAAUAGCUCUCGAGAAUUUUUUGCGGAAGAAGGUAUUGACGAUCAAAUUUUAUUGGAAUUACGUCAAUCAUGGGAAUCUAAAGUAAUGGCCAGUAAAGCAGUUGAUGCACCACCUCCUCAAGAAGUUGCUCAACUUCCUAAAACUGUUACCUCAACUGUUGUUAAACAAACUAAAAGUCAAUAUGCUCCUACAAUAGUCAAUAACUCUGUUCAGCAAUUAAAAAUGGUCCAACAACAAAAAAUACAACAACAACAACAGCAGCAACAUCAGCAACCACUUCAGCCACAGCAGCAGCAACAACUACCACAGCAGCAACAACUACCACAGCAGCAGCAACAGAAGCAGCAACAGCAGCAGCAGCAGUUGCAGCUGCAGAAGCAGCCACAGCAACAACAGCUACAACAACAACAACUACAACAGCAACAGAACACUUUGGUUUUACCUGCAGAUUAUGCAAACAAAUAUGUGCCUAUUCAAAUAACUUUACCAGCUCAGACAGGUUCCCAAGAAACGGGUUCUAGAAUUCUUUCCAUUCAAGUUCCAAGUUCUGCCAUACAAGGAAAUAUGCUACAGAGUAUACUUAGUGGUCCAGUAAUCACUAAUAGUAUGGCAAUGGCUACUCCGUUAGCUACAUCUUUUUUACAACAGCAUGUCAAUAGUGUUCUUGCUGCUCAAUCAAUGUCAAGUGUUCAAACUGUUGUUCAACCAGAAUUUUUAUCAGAUGUCCGAACUACACAACAACAGCAACAGCAACAACAGCAACUUCAACAAAAUAAUCAAUCCUUUAUUAGUGGGAAUGUAACUGGUGGUGUUAAAAGAACUAUUGCACAGAUAGACGGAGCUAAUGAUUCUUCAACUUCAGAUGAUGACGAUGAUGAUGACGAUGAUAUAGAUGAUGAUAUUGGUGAUAACGACGACGAUGAUGAUGAAGACGAUGACAAAGAUCAGAAUAGUGCUUCUGAUGCUGAGCCAUUAAAUUCUGGUGAUGAUGUAAGUGACAUUGACAAUGGUGAAUUAUUUGAAACUGAAAAUGUUAUUGUUUGCCAAUAUGAUAAGAUUACUCGUAGCAGGAAUAAAUGGAAACUUUAUUUUAAAGACGGUAUAAUGAGUUUAAAUGGGUAUGACUAUGUCUUCCAAAAAGCAACUGGUGAUGCUGAGUGGUAACAGGUGAUAUAUUUUGUGUUAUAGUUACAAAGGAUGUUAAGUGUUCUGUAUGAAUUGAUUUUAUGUAUUAAAUGAAUUGUUCUCAAGUCUUCUUUAAUGUUUAAAAAGACUAGAUUUUUAAGUAAAUUCCCAAAUAAUUAAAUGUUGACCUAUGUACAUACAAUUAUGUCAUAUUAAUUUUUGAACAUGUGGAGGUAUUAUAUAUUAACAAUCAAUAAAGCUCCCUAUCAAUUUAGUUUGGAUAAUAGCAUGUAAUAUAUUUAUAUUUUGAAUUA